GGGGGAUCUAGCUGUAGACGGCAUUCGAGCCGGGUCAGGGGCUCUAUGGGCAGCGCCGGUGAAUAGUUCCCUGCCAGUACGGCAAGUUUCAUACUCAGCCAUAAGCCAGUGCCCAGCACUGGCCACUGAGCACUGGAGCAGUCAAGACACUACACUCGACAAGAUAAACACGUUUUAGUUGUCAAAACGAUUAUAUGGCUUAUUCUAAAUAUUUAAAGAAAUCAGUCGUCGCACCAUGGAUCUCAUGCAUAGUCUUAAAUUACUACACCAAAGGCUAUCGUCAAAAGAUAUUCCUCCACUACCACCUGCGAAAAUCUUCAAGCCAAAACACAAUCUACCCUUACUUAAAAACUAUAGGAAACCAGCUCCAUCCGAAUUCUGGGACAAUUUCCCAACAAACUUAGUGCAACCCUCAAAAUCGAUGGUAGACCCAUAUCUAUUGAGAAAAUUAGACCUAGAAACAAAAUUCGUCGACUUAGUCUUGCUCGAUACAAUCCACAAUGAUCUGCUGCACGGUGCCAACCUGGGUUGCAAUGGCUCCUCCAGACUCCCUUCUUUCUCAACUAAUUCCCCUAGUGCAUACGAAUUCGCAGAACAUGUGACAGAUGCUGUUGCAGACUUGACGACGAAGAAAUUUGCCAAUGGUCCUGUUCCAUUAGCACAUGUCCCUUCGGGCGCUAAAAUAAAUGGCAUGAUGACCAAAAUAAAACCUACAGGAGCCGUGCGCAUCAUUCUGAACCUAAGUUCAGGUUCACCUGUUGGCAACUGCGUCAACGAGGGCAUUAACAAAGACGACUUCCCAACCAUCAUGUCCUCCACAACAAAGUGGCUCAGAGCUCUUCACCUUGCUGGGAAAAGCGCCAAAAUGUGCAAGAUUGACUGGGCUGACGCCUACAAACACAUAGCUGUAAGACCAGAAGACACAGACCUUCAAUGGUUCUCUUGGUUGGGCAUGGCCUUUAAAGAACUUUGCCUCAUUUUUGGUUGCACUAGCAGUGCGGGUAUUUUCGACAGAGUGGCCAAAGUAGUAGUGCACAUUGCAGCUGCUAAAUCCAAAUUCCCAACCAGCAAAAUCUUUCAGCACGACUGUUGUGCAACAGUCCCAAUUUUGACUCGCUUGAGCUAUUCGAUGCUACCUUUGCUGAGGUUGCAGAUUCUCUUGGCAUAAAACUAGCGCCCAGAGAUGUCCCAGAGAAGUCCUUUGGCCCAAGUACUAAAGUACUUGUUCUAGGAAUAGUUUAUGACACAGUGAACUGGACCUGGUCUUUAAACUACGAGAAGCUUUCCAGACUCCUGCACCACCUGAAGGAGCUGAUGACCACUGGCAAUCUAUGGCAGACGCUCUUUCAAAAUGCAGUUUCCAAAAAUUCUAAAAACAAAUCAAAUUUUUGUUUCAAAUUUUUUUCUACUCUUUAAAAAGUGACCUGAAUAAUUUGCAGGAGUAAUAUUUAAUAAAUAAUUUGCUUUAAAAGUAAAACACAGAUGUUUCCAUCAAUUCUCAAAUUUUUUGACAUUCUAAUAAAUGUACAUUCUCAAAAAAUUUUCUGAUUUAAUUGGUGACAUAAAUAUUCUUAUAUUCUUAUUCUUCAGGUCUUAUUCAAUGGUUAUGAUAUCUUACUUGUCCAGAUUAUUUUGGCUUUCCUAGUUUUCCAAAUCCUUCUUUAUGUAUGUAAUGUGAAUGGUAUUUCAAGUAAGGCUUCAAUAUUGCAAAUGAAAAAGUGUGAAAAUUCAAAUUGCAGAAACAUAUCUCGCCCUGGUUAGUCCAGGUCCAAUCAAGCUUUCCAACGGCAUGGAUAGAUACACAUAACAUAUAAACAUGGAAAAAGAGAAGCUGUCAAUUAACAGCUUUUAUUUGUAUACUUUAAUAAAGCUUGUUAGCAAUAAAAACUUAAAUUAAAAAAUCGUCCUAAUUGUAUUGAUAUGAACGCCGACCAUUUUACAUAUUAAUCUAAUAUUUCGACUAAAUAUGAUAGAAAUGCAUUAAAUUCUAAACUUAAUUAAUUAAUCUUCUUUAACUACUAUCAAAAAGCAA